UGAGCGAGGGCGGGUGGAGAAGUGGGCGGAGCAGUGACGAGGGAGCGGGACCAACGGUUUUGGAACGUUCUCGCUCUCUCUGGUUGGGCCUGUCGGGCGCAGGCUGGGGGGGCCGUUAUCCGCCGCUAGCCGCGUGCUGCUGCUGCCGUCGCCGUAACAGUCUUCUGCAGGCUGGGGCGUGCGCGUAGCGUGUGCCAGAGCGCUCAGGUGGCUAACAAGCAGGAAAAGACCAAAUCUGCUGAAUACCAGUUACUAAUAUUGGAAAAUGGCAGGAAAGAAGAAAGAAGUUCAACUACAGGUAGUAAUAACCAAUCAAAGUCAAUGGGAUGAAAUGUUGCUGACUAAAGGUGUAACAGUAAUAGAUGUUUAUCAGGCUUGGUGUGGGCCUUGCAAAGCGGUGGUAAAUUUAUUCAGAAAACUAAAAAAUGAGCAUGGUGAAGAUGACCUUUUGCAUUUUGCUGUGGCAGAGGCUGACAGCAUUGUGACCCUGCAGACAUUUAGAGACAAAUGUGAACCUGUUUUUCUCUUUUGUGUUGAUGGCAAAAUUAUAGCAAUGGUGCGAGGCACAAAUGCACCACUUCUCAGUAAGACAGUAAUAAAGCUAUUAGAAGAAGAGAGGAAAAUUUUAGCAGGGGAAAUAGAACGCCCUGAGGUACAAGAGCUUGUGUUUUUAGAAGAGAAAACAGCAGAAGUAUAUAGUGAAGAAAGCCAACUUGAAGAAGGAGUCAUAUACACUGUUGCAAUUAUAAAACCUGAUGCCAUUGCAGAUGGAAGAGUAGAAGAAAUUAAACAAAAGAUUACAGAAGCUGGCUUUGGCAUUGCGGCAGAAGAGGAGAAGACAUUAACUGAAGAGCAAGUUAGAGAUUUCUACAGUCGUAAUAUAGAACAGCCUGAUUUUGAAGAUUUUGUUACAUUCAUGACUGGUGGACCAUCCCAUAUUCUGAUAGUUUCUAAACCAAAGGAAGUAACUGAUACUGUUCCUCAAUGGAAAGAACUAGGUAGAUCAGAUGAGUGUAUACCUGCAAAGCCUCAGCCUGAAAAGCCAAACAGCUUGCAAGAAGUUUUGGAAUCCGAGAAUAUGUUAAAUUUAUGUGAUGUGGAAGACAGUGUAGAAGAUGCUAGCAGGCAACUUGCCUUCUUUUUCCCAGAUUUUGGUAAAAAGAAGACCAGCCAAAAUGCUGAAAAAACAUUGGCCUUAAUUAGACCUUCUCUAUUAAAGGAAAGACGAAAUUCUAUUCUGAAAAGGAUUAAGGAUGAUGGCUUUACAAUAGCAAUGCAGAGAGAAAUAGUUCUGACAGAAGAACAAGCACGUCAGUUUUACAAGGAACAUGAAAAUGAAGAUUUUUUCCCAACCCUUCUAGAACACAUGACAAGUGGUCCAACCCUUGCACUUGCUUUAAUACGAGAAAAUGCUGUACAACACUGGAGAGAUUUACUAGGCCCAAAGACUCUUGAAGAGGCUAAGGAGAAAAGUCCAGCCAGUUUACGUUCAGAGUAUGCAGUAGACAGUGUAUCUCUCAAUCAGCUGCAUGGCAGUGCUUCACCUGGUGAAGCUGAGAAGGAACUAGAAUUCUUCUUUCCUGUGGAACACACUUUGGCAGUUAUCAAACCCACUGCUCUUAAGGAACAUAAAGAUGACAUUAUGCAGAAGGUUACAAAUGCUGGCUUUAUUGUAUCACAGAUGAAAGAAACAAAUUUCACCCAUGAAAUGGCAACACAGUUUUAUAAGGCUCAUGAAGGAAAACCCUUUUUUGACCAGUUAGUGAAUUAUAUGUCUGAGGGUCCAUCAGUGAUAAUGAUCCUAACUAAAGAAAAUGCUGUGGAGGACUGGAGGCAAUUAAUGGGUCCAACAGAUCCAGACGUGGCAAAAAAAUCUUCUCCUGAUUCUCUUAGAGCUCAAUUUGCACAAGAUAUUUUGCAUAAUGCAGUUCAUGGCUCAUCUAAUAAGGAACAUGCACUGAAGAGCAUUGAAUAUGUAUUUGGAGAGAUUGAUCUGAACAGUCUAAGCCACAACUGAGAUCUAUCAAUAACAGUUAAAAUGUAAGUCAUUAGAUGGUUAUUCAUCUAUCUGUCCACCUGUGUUUUAUGCUAUAUAUAAAAAGCAGUAAUAAAAUAAACUUUU